AUGGUCGAUAGUGGUGUCCCCCAGGGUUCAGUUCUGGGACCAAUUUUGUUCCUUAUCUACGUGGACGAUGCCGCAAGAGAUUUAGACUGUGAAGUAGCAAUGUUUGCGGAUGACAUGAAGAUAUGGAGUGUAAUUCGGGGUCCUGCCGAUGAAGACAGACUGCAGUUGAACCUGAAUCGGUUGGAGGAGUGGUCAAACCGUUGGCUCCUGCGGUUCAACGUUGCCAAAUGUAGCAUACUUCGCCUAGGCAACACAGCCAGAUCCGCCAGCACAAGAGGCUACUUUCUGGGCGGUGCAGCCCUACAAGAGGUCGAAGUCCAAAAGGACCUCGGUGUGCUUACGACGAGUUCCCUAAAACCAUCCGCCCACUGUUCGAGGGUGGCAAAAACCGCAAUGUCCGUACUGUACGCCAUCAAGCGUGCGUUUAUGGACUUUGACGAAGAAGCUUUCUCUAAGACAUUCCGAACAUUCGUCCGGCCGCAUUUAGAGUACGGCAUACAAGCUUGGAGGCCGUGGGCUGUUGUGGAUCAAAACUGCCUCGAAAGAGUCCAGAGGAGAGCCACGAAGAUGGUCAGGGGUCAAAGCUCCUUUCCUUAUGCGACCCGCCUAGUAAAUUUGAACCUCUUUCCUUUGAGUUACAGGCAACUUCGCGGAGAUCUCUUGCAAGCCUUCCGCAUUGUAAAGGGGUUGGAUUGCAGUCUGGCCUUCGAGGACUUUUUUGAAUUUGCAACCACGACCAACCUCCGAGGUCACCCGUUAAAACUGCGCACUCAGCAGGCACGGCUGGAUGUGCGGAAGUUCUCCUUCUCGGUUCGGGUGGUCAAACCAUGGAAUGAGCUUCCCGCAGAUGCUGUGAUGUCAACAUCUAUACAAAUUUUUAAGAAGAAUCUGGACAUAUUUAUGUUCCGAAAUGACCAAGAGUGAUGAGAAGUCGCGCUCCCCCCUGUAACUCCUUCUCAUUUUGUCCCACCAUUAUGGGCGUGUUGGAACUAUUUCAGCCCAGAACAUCUAUUUGUACACCACACAUUUUUUUACGUUGCAAAUAGGGUACUCAAAGGCUUACGCCUAUUUCCCUCAAUAAACUGAACUGAACUGAACUGAAGACGACAGCGGAAGCGCAAUGUAGGAGCGACGAAAAUAAGAAAAGGGUAUGGCGGCAUAAGGAGGCUGAAGCGAAAUCUGUGUGAAGCAAAAUACUUUAGGAGCAGGGGUUCUCUUUAGAAACAUGCAAUGGCGAGGAAAUAUUUUUUUCGACUUUAUCCUGUUCACUGGGUUCCGUCCUUUACGGUACGAAACAGUUAGAAAACCACAAAUAAAGUCGAAAGUUUUUAUGGCUAGGUGGCCAGGGGAAAUUGUGGACUUAUAGCUGGAACUUGGCUCAUUUCGGAAAGAUUGCGCAGUGGUGCUUGAUUAACGGUAUGUUUGGGACAAGUACCUGUUCAAUGGAAUUUGGACUGGGAGUUGUGUAAAGUUGGAAAGCAAGUCGUAUGCGCCGCAGGUACGUAGAUAGGAUUCAUGAUGCAAAUAUCCGAAAAUUUCAGGUUCAAUUCUCUAAAAUAAAACAAGGAGUUCUGAGAAAAGAAGUGAGCAAAUUCUCUGAAUAUAAAGUUGAGUGCGAUUUCAGCAAAAUACCCUUUCAAGUGAGUUAUUUAGAAGGAAAAUCUAUGCCGCAAAAUGAUAUUGAAAAGCGGGGCAGGCCUAUCGUGAAAGAAUAGUAUGAUUUUAGUCCGCAAUUAUAGAAAAUGCAGGGCAUUACGUUACUAACUUCUGGUCUGUUUUGACAUACUACGACAUGGGCUCGAAAUGCAAGAAAUACGGCGACAGCGGCUUGCGUAACUUGCCUUUUUAACUACAGGCUGGUAUAGGUGUGUAGUGGCAUAUUUGUGGUAACAAUCAGUGCCUUUUAAGACCCUUCUAAAAAACGACACAUACAAUUUUCAAUUUCUAACAAACAUACUACUAAAAUCGAGAUAGCCCACAUUUAUUAAGGGAAGUGUAUGCAAACGCCUUUGAACUCCCUAUUGGUUGCAAUAACGUCACAAAAAAUGCAAGACGCAAUUCAAGUUAGAAGGAAAAAUACGUACGUAAUUACAUACAGCAAGCAUGUAAUACUUGUAUGAAGGUGUCAGUGCAUGUAUGCUGCGUCAGGGGUGUAGGGGUGUCAGCGGUGGGGUCACGUGAUGGUCGUACUGGUCGCUCAUUUGCUUGCAGGUGAGACUACACCUAGCAUCCAUUUGCUGGCACCCAACUCUCCCCUGUGGCUUCACGUAGUUGGGCUCUGCUCAGCGGCCACACCCCGGUCAACCGCCUCGAUCGGCGGGCUAAACCAGGUGAGGGCGGUUACUCCCAGUGCGCGUUGUGCCACGUGCACAGGGUACUGCGGACUCCGCUGAACGGUCGAUCGGAUGGAACACCGUGUCGGCACCGUAGUGAAGAGGCUCCGUCCGGUACGCCGCUCGCCAGCCAGUUGGCGGAACUUCUCAUCGGCAUCGUCUAGAGGAGGUUCGCCUGGUACGCCGUUGGUCAGCCGGUGGGAUGGGUCUUCGAAUCGGCAUCGUCGACACGCGCCCAUCUGGUGCACCGUAGGAGACCGCGGGCUUACGGUGAUGUCGUAAGCCGUUGGAAAAAUCGAGUCGCGCUUCCUCUGCCAAGAAAAUGUUGUGGCCUACAGUGGAGUUCGACCGCGCCGGCACAACCAAAAUCGAAAUAACAACAAUAACAACACUACUCCCUCUCUUCAUCCUACCUCUUCUCCCUCUUCCUCUGCCUGUUCUUCUCCUUUGCCAUCCUCUUCUCCACCUCCUUCCCGCCCUUUCACUCGUCGCCAGACUGGCAGGGUGAGCCCGCUCACGUUGGCAGCCUGGAAUGUUCGUUCCCUUUUCGACAAUCCGAGGUCCCGCCGACCGGAACGGAGAACGCGCUAGUGGCCCGGGAACUGGCGUGCUACAAGGUGGACAUCGCCGCACUCGGCGAGACUCGAUGCUCCGAACAAGGCCAACUGGAGGAGAUGGGUGCCGGCUACACCUUCUUCUAG